AUGCAGGAUUUCUCAGCAGGAGCCCACAAAGAGAGCCAUGCUGUACCUAAAUCUGAAGCACAGGAGGGGCCAAGGAUAGAAGCAGUUUAUACACAAGAGGAGUCCUUUGACCAGGAGUGGUGUGCAAGUCUAAAGCAGGUUACAGAGCUGACAUGUGUUAAAGAUGAAGAGGUCCCUCGACUGGAAUGUGUUCCUAUUAAAGAGGAAUUCAUAGAACAGGAAUGUGUCCCCAUCGCAGAGGACGUUCCUGCUGAAAAUAAUGUCUGUACACUUGAGGAGAACAAGAAGCUGGGAUCCAGCCUGUGUGAUGAUUGUCCACCUGAAUGUGAACUGGGAUUUAGAGCUAAAGGAAAUCUCAAAGGAGAGAAAUCUCAUCGCUGCACAGUGUGUAGGAAGAUAUUCAGUCGUUUAUCACACCUUAAAAAACACCAGCACAGUCACAGAGGAGAGAAACCUCAUCAGUGUUCUGAGUGUGGGAAGAGUUUCAGUCGUUUAUCACACCUUAAAAAACACCAGCACAGUCACAGAGGAGAGAAACCUCAUCAGUGUUCUGAGUGUGGGAAGAGUUUCACAAAGUUAGGAAAUCUUCAGUCACACCAGCGCAUUCACACAGGAGAGAAACCUUAUCAGUGUACUGAGUGUGGGAGGAGAUUCACGCAGUUACAAAAUCUUAAAAGACACCAGCGCAUUCACACAGGAGAGAAACCUCAUCACUGCACUGAGUGUGGGAAGAGAUUCACAAAUUUAGGAAAUCUUCAGUCACACCAGCGCAUUCACACAGGAGAGAAACCUUAUCACUGUACUGAGUGUGGGAAGAGCUUCAGACGGAUAGAUAGCUUGAAAGAGCACCAGCGAACUCCCAGUCACUUAUCACACCUUAAGACACCAUAAAAUGCACAAUAGAGUGAAGCCCUAUCCCAGCAUUGAAUGUGGGAAGUUGAGUCAGUUGCUGGGUCUUGAAGGAUACAAGAGAAUCCACAGAAUUUCAGCCACUUGAGGACACCUAAACACCAGGAGUAAAUGUGAAUAAAAUAUAGAAAUAUUUACUGCAAACAAAAGAAUAAACUUACUUGAUAAAUAGGUUUAUUCCUAAUCACUUCAGAUCAAAAACCUACACUCACGGAUGGGACAUGAGAACUACAACGUCUUGGACGGACCAUUCAUCAUGUUGUUGACCAUUCUGAUUUUGUUACGUCAGAUUAGUAAUCUAUGAAAUAGAUUGUAAUUGCAUCUGCUUUGUAAAUUGCAUUUUACAAAGAAGAAUGGGCAAAAAUUGCAGUGUCCUGAUGUGCAAAGCAGGUAGAGACUUAUCCAAAUAGACUCAUGGCUGUAAUUGCUGCCAAAGGUGCCUCUACCAAAUAUUGACUCAAGGGGGUGAAUACUUAUGCAAUCAAUUAUUUUCUGUUUUAUAUUUGUAAUUAAUUUAGAACAAUUUGUAGAUUUUAUUUUUCACUUUGACAUUAUGGACUUUUUUGUGUUGAUCAGUGGCAAAAACUCCUACUUAAAUCCAUUUUGAUUCCAUGUUGUAACACAAUAAAAUGUGGAAAAGUCCAAGGGGGGGGGGGUGAAUACUUUUGAGAGCCACUGUACACCAAGCCCUGUCUGCACAUUUUGCAAUGGUCAACUAGUAGGCGGGAAUAUUUUAUAAUAAAAUUGUUAUUGUUGUCAAUGUGAUGUUAACUACAUUACCAACAUUGUGUGGAGGUGUAUUGUUUUGUAUACAGUAGUGGACUGUAGUGGAAUUUAAAUAGAAACAAGUACAAAUAGCCAGAACAAAACACUUUUAUUACAAGUAACUUUAAAAUUGGCAAUGUUGCAUUUAACAAACAAUCAAGCUAACUAUUUAAAUAUAGUGCCACGUUGUGUUUGUAGUUAGAGGGAUUUUAGUUCUUAGCCAGGUUUUGCCCCAGUGAUGUUGCCAGACUGGACAAAACCCCUCUCAACAAUGUGGCGUUGUGCCGCUUCGCUUCUCUGUCUUUGUGUUUCUCUUGCAUUCCUGCGCCGAUCCCUUGCUAAUUCCAAAUCUUCCUCUUGCAAUUUGAAAUAUCUCUCAUGUGUCUCUCGGAGGUAGCUGGUCAACUCGCUUUCCACAACAGCCUUCCUUUU